AUGAGUCUACUCCAGGGUACCUCUGCCUUUAUCACAGGCGCCGCUUCAGGCAUAGGAGAAGCUACGGCGUUGGCUUUUGCUGAGCACGGAGCCACUAAACUCGCCCUCACUGAUAUCAACGGCGAGCUACUCCACAAGUCCGUCAACGCGCUCAAGGCCAAAUAUCCUCAUGUAGAAGUCCUUGAGAUGUCCUUUGACGUACGCGUGGGCGUGGAAGUUGAAAAGGCUAUCGCUGAUACGGUCGCUAAGUUUGGUCGCUUAGACAUUGCCGUAAACAAUGCGGGUAUCGGUGGUAGCGGGAAGCAAACGCAUGUGGUGGACGAAGAAGAGUGGCUGAAUGUGGUUGAUGUCAACCUGAAUGCUGUGCGCAAGUGCCAAAAGGAACAGCUCAAAGUGAUGUUGAACCAGGAAGACCUUGGCCCACGAGUCGGCCGCGGCAAUAUUAUCAAUCUUUCCUCAAUGUAUGGUCUUGUUUCUCCAAAUGGACGCAUGCACAACACAGCUUAUGUCGCUUCGAAACAUGGAGUUAUGGGCUUGACUAAGGGCGAUGCAAACUCGUACGGAUCUUCCAGCAUUCGCAUCAAUGCAGUCUGUCCCGGUUACGUGGACACACCUCUUCUAAGAAAAUUGAUGGAUACAUCAGCUGGUGCUCCGUUGAAGGUGGAUAUAGAACGAACGCCUUUGAAACGACUGGCAACAAUGGAUGAGGUAGCGGAUAGCAUUACCUUCCUUGCUUCGCCGAUGAGUAGCUUCAUUAAUGGCGUAGGACUCGUCAUUGAUGGCGGCUUCUCUACAAAUUAA